AUGGAGUUGAAGAAGAAGGAGGGAUCAUACUUCCCGGAAGAGAUUCUGGAAGAAAUCUUCUUUAGGUUGCCAAGGAAAUCUCUUUUGCGAUUUAAAUGCCUGAGUAAGUUAUUUUAUACAUUAAUUGGUAGCCGCAAUUUUCAAAAUAGGCAUCGCGAGCUAUUAAACUUAAAAGACAAUCCUUGGGUCGAUUUAUAUGAUGACUAUAAAAAAAGUAACAGAUGGUAUACGGUAGAUUAUAAGUCAGUGUCGUCUUUAUUGCCGUUGUUAGCAUCAUCAUCAUCAGAAGCAACUAUGUCAUGUGAUUGUCAUGUAUUUGCUGAUCGGGUGAUGGAUUAUCCUUCCGUAUUUCAAGAUUAUGAUAAAGUUAAAAACUGGUCUUCAUAUCGUGACUUGCAUUGGAUAAGUACUACUAAAGGUAGUUGCGAAGAAUUUUAUAUUUGGAAUUCGGUGACACAAGGGUGCGAGAAAAUACCCAUGACACGAGAAGUAAAAAUCAAGAAUUUAGAUGGAUAUGGAUUUGGUUAUGAUAACAAGACUGACGAUUACAAACUUGUCAUGGUUGCGGCUAACUGGGCUACCAAGUGUUCUGAUGUCGAAGUCUAUACAUUAGGAACAAAAUCAUGGAGAAGAAUUGAGAGCAUACCUUAUUCUCUUGAUUACCCCCGUUACUAUCUCGAAGGAGUGAAAUUUAAUGGAGCUCUUCACUGGCUUGCGCAUGCCUUUGAAGAAGGCUACGUAUAUACUAAACUGGUCUCUUUUGAUAUUGUUCAUGAGAAAUUUGAGGAGUUAGCAUUACCAGAAGCACCUAUGCCAUAUUUGGAAGAGCCUUUGGAAGAUAAUACGUUCAAUAUGAGGUUGGGAGUAUUCGAAGGGUGUUUAUGUCUAGUUUUUCAUGUUUUUAGUAUCCGUGUUGAUGUAUGGAUGAUGCAAGAAUAUGGAGUGAGAGAAUCUUGGGUGAAAUGUUUUGCUAGUUGCCUGGAGAAUUUAACUACUAGCAAACAAUCACGAUUACUUUGGUAUUAUUUCAAGAACAGCGAGACUUUAUGGAAGGACUAUAAUUGUGGGGAUUUAGUUUUAUACGACCCAAACAACAAAAUAUUUAGAAAAUUGAUUUUGGAUUCUGAUUCUGCUAAAGGGGAACUGUAG